UGGUUAUGUCCAAUUGAACGUAGUCAAAUUGUACAGGCGUUAUGUUUGCUGAACACAGUUAUUUUUGUUCAACAUGCGAGUUCGUUCUUUACUUGUACGUAUAUAAUAAAAAUUCGAAAAGUGGUUAAGUGUUUGUGUUAAUAAUUUGAGAAAAUAUUUUAUGAAUUUGCUCUUAUAGAAAUGCAUUGAAAAUGAGCAUGAAUCACAUGUAACACGAGACUUUACAGAACUUUUCUUUACAAGUGAUUCGAUUGUCUCAUCUAAUCAUAAUUGUUUCAUUCUUUGUCUCUUUAAAUUUUCUCGUGUUCUUGAUGCUGUGAUCGUGGUGGAUCGUGAUUCGUGACUUGUCGGCCUGUGUUGGCGCCGUUUGGAAGCUGCAGCCAUUUUCCAGGAGUAUCAGUAUCCUGACGCUGUCCUAUAAAUUUCGACGAUUUAAGGAAUUAUACAGAAAUUAUUAGUUGGAUACAAAUCAUGACUUCGAAAAUGUGUAAGAAGGACAUCCUGCAAGCUGUUAUUCUUGCGGACGAUUUUACAGAGAGACUAACUCCUGCACAGGAUUUAUUUCCGAGCAUCCUGAUACCUGUGAUAAACAUACCGCUUCUCGAUUAUACGAUCGCAACGUUGAAAAAAUCGAGAGUACAAGAAGUAUUUCUCUACUGCAGCAGUCACAUAGAUCAGCUUAAGAAAUAUGUGAGUGAAAAGAUUUAUAAAAACAUCACGAUUACCUUGAUCAUCUCUGAUGGCUGCAGGUCUCUUGGAGAUGCUCUGCGAGAUAUUGACACGAAGGGCUGGAUCAGAGGAUAUUUUAUACUGAUCCGUGGAAAUGCAUUCAUCAAUACGGAUCUUAAAACCUUACUCAAUGUUCAUCGUUUGAAAGUCGAGAAGGACAAGGGAGCAACUAUGACCAUGGUAUUACGAAAUUUUGGUUCGAUGAAGGAGUUCUCCCUCCAUGAGGAAGCAUGUACAAUUGUCAUAGAUAAAUCUAGCAAUAAGAUUCUGCACUAUAAUAAACGGACGAAUAGUGAGAAAAAAGUAAAGAUGGAGUUAAACUGGUUUCUUUAUCACAGUGAGGUGGAAGUUAAUUGUUGUCAUUUGGAUACUCAUAUUUACUUGUGUUCACCAUCUGUUUUGCCACUCUUUGCUGAUAAUUUUGACUUUCAGACUAUGGAUGAUUUUAUUCGAGGAGUAUUGAUGAACGAGGAGAUAUUGGAUUCAAGGAUUUAUUGGCAGCAAUUAAACACAGAAGAUUAUGCUUUGCCAAUUACAUCGUGGAAAGCUUAUCAUCUGCUUACUCGAGAUAUUCUACAUAGACAUAGUUUCCCCCUUGCACCAAAUACUUUCUUCUUAUUGAAUAAAUUUAUAUGUAUGACGCAGAGUACAUACAAACAUGAAACUGUUACUUUUGCUAAAGGUUGUAUAUUAGAAAGUGAUUGUAUUCUUGGAUUUAAUAGUGCAUUAGGAAAUAAGACUAAAGUUGCAAGAUCUGUUAUUGCAAAUGAUUGCAUCAUAGGUAGUAACGUUAUUAUAUAUAACUCUUAUAUCUUUUCAAAUGUCAGAGUCAAAGAUAAUUGCACUAUUAAGAACAGUAUUGUGUUCCCAGAUUGCAUUAUUAGAUAUCGUAGCGAAAUAGAUGGAUGUAUACUUUGUCCUGGAGUUGAUAUUGCUGCUCGAAGUCAAUAUGCGGAUUUCAUUAUUAAAUUUACAUCUUGUGAUAUAACUAAAAUUAAAAUGACAAAUCUUAAUCUUGAGAAAGACUUUUUUUACUUUAAGAACAUUCAUGAAAAAGAAGUAGAAUACUUAACAGAUACAUCUAGCAGUGAAAGCGGCAAUUCUCCGAUUCCGGAUGAUACGAGUAUGUUUUUAUCCGAAGUUAUUGAUAGUUUGUUACGUGGUUAUCAAGAUAAACUCAAAUGCGACAACUUAAUUUUGGAAAUAAAUUCGUCGAGAUAUGCAUAUAAUGUCACUAUCCACGAAGUGACGUAUAAUGUUAUCAAAGCAAUUCUCUGUCUGCCAUUUCAUUAUCUUUCCGAAACAAAGACCACCGUUUUUAAUUUAAACUAUCAAAAGUAUCUGAAGAUUAUGACAAGUUAUUUUAAUACUAUUAUUUUGAAUUAUGUUAAGAAUGAAGAUGCGCAGGAAGAUUGUUUGCGUGCUAUAGAAGACGUUGCUAGUACAACUGCCGAGUUGCUACCAUACACGCCACAUCUGUUGCAUCAGUUUUACGACCGUGAUAUACUGUCGGAAGAAAAGAUUUUACAGUGGUACGAAAAAUAUCCGAAUUCAAAAUAUAGUCCAAGAGACAAAGUGAGAACUGCUGUCCAGCCAUUUAUUAAAUGGUUGCGAGAGGCGGAGGAAGAUUCUUCUGAAAGUAACGAUUAA